AUGACUGUGCAACAGCCACUUCCACGACGCUACAUCGACAAGCAAAAGUUGGCCAAUUUCUGGCGAAGCCAUCCAGAUUUUAAGGGAAAGCCAUGCAAAUUGGAGGUGAGGACCAAAACCACAAUUCACAAUGACAUCUACUCACAAUCUAUUAGCAGCUGGAUGAUGAAUCAUACGUGGUGACAGUUCCCCGUAAGAUGACUGAUGUAAGUGUUAUUUAGAUCAAUUGAUUCAUAAACUCAAUUGACCGCCACAAUUAAUCAUAGGGGGAAAUCAAGUCUACUUAUUACGACAAAGAGACGCUCGAGAAGAUGGAGGCUGGGGCGGAUGCUGCCUAA